AUGCAAAGUUCGAGUCUUAAGAAAAAUCUUAAAAAGACUGCGGCUUGCACCAAUUGCCAGGUAAAGAAGAUUAGAUGUAAUUAUAAAGAUAAGGGUCCAUGCGAAGAAUGCAUUAAAAAUAAAUGCGACUGCAAAUUCGGUCAACAACAAAAAAGAGGUCCUAAGAAAGAAAAUACACCAUCUAAAUUAGACUUUCAAAAUUGGGGUGAAGUAGUAUGGCAAUCGCUUGGUAAAAAUAAAGAGGCAGUACUCCAAUUUAUCCAAUCAAUGAUAAAUAUAAAUGCAAAUUUAGUUUUGGAUGAUCCUUUAGCAAUAAACAACGAACCAACAGUAGAACAAACAGUACCCUAUUUUGAUCAAAACAUUCAGUCAACCAGAAAUUUGGAUAGAAAUUCUUUAAACAAUGAACAAGCGCUAUACAAUUCAAGCCAAGAAACUCUACCAAGCGGAAGGUUGGUUGAUAAGUCUUUAGAGAUCUAUCAUAAACAAAUGUCUGAGUUAGUUCAAGCGGAUAUAUUAAAAGGAAAUUACUCUUUAGCAACAAAUGAAGAGCAUUUGUCAUAUCUAUUCAAAAAUGUUACUGGGAAUUCUUUAACAUACAAUGAGCAAACUUUUACAGAAAAUCGAUCCUCUAGAAAUAUUAGUAGACAACAGCAACAGCAACACCGUUCAUCAAGCCGUGAAAAACGGCAAAGGAGAAAAGAAGCCCGAAACAAUGAUUUAUAUAAAAAUGUUUCUUAUUCAAAUGAUUCACACUCGCGCAGUCCAAAUAAUAUGAAUUUAACAUAUUCUAAUAGGAAGCAACAAAAUUUGAUCCCUCUACAGUUGCCAGGAGAUUCAAGAUCAAUUUCUCCAAUAAAUACUCCAGCUAUUACAAUAUCUCCUUAUGAAUCGUAUUUUUCGGAGAAUAAUGCGUUUCCAGUUUCAUUAGCAACAUCUCCAAAUGGAUUAUCAAGUCAAUCAUCACCUCUUAUACCCUUUGAAUGGGAAGAUGUGAAUCAAUUAUUAUAUCCUACCACAAAUUUUCAAACAUCGUUUAGUUUUGAAGAGGCGAAUCAAUUAUCGCAUCCUAUCGAUCCAACCAUAAAUACCCAAACACCAUC